UAUUCACAUUAGGCAGUGCGGAAGGAAGUUAGUGGGAUUUAGCUGCUCAGGAUUGAGUUUUCGAUGCUCAGGACCCCUCCAACAUGAAGAAAUGCCUUGAAUACCCCUUGCUCCUCAUCACCUUGACGCUUCACGGCUCACUGCAGCAGAGAAUCAUUGGCGGACAGGAGGUUGAGCCCUAUUCCAUAAAGUACCAGGCCUCUGUUCAGUACAACAACUAUCAUUACUGCGGAGGAACGCUCAUACACCCGCAGUGGGUGGUCACUGCUGCCCACUGCUGGAGACCGAGCUAUUUAAUCAAAGUGGUUUUGAGUGAACAUGACCUCUCCAAAAAAGAGGGCUUGGAGCAGAUGUUCAAUGUGUCCAGAGUCCUGGUGUAUUACAUGUACAAUUACAGGACAUUUGAUAGUGACAUUAUGCUCUUGAAACUGGAGAAGCCCGCAGAGCUCAAUGCCAACCUUCAGCCAGCCAUGAUGCCAACCUCACUCGCUCCUAUACCAGGGGGCACAAUCUGCACGGUCAGCGGCUGGGGGGUCACUCAGGUCUACAGUUAUUACCUGUCCCCCGUCCUGCGCUCUGUGAACGUCCAGAUCAUCCCUCAGUGUCAAUACUACUACUACUACAGGAUCACAGACAACAUGGUGUGCGCCGGCUCCCCGCUGGGCGGCAAAGACUCCUGCCAGGGCGACUCUGGCGGGCCUCUCAUCUGUAAUGGGUAUUUCGAGGGGAUCGUGUCCUGGGGCAUCAGCUGUGCCAACCCUUAUUUCCCAGGAGUCUACACCAAAGUCCGCAACUACGUCUCCUGGAUCAAAUGGAUAAUAGAAAAUGACAACAGCUAGACACUGAAUGUUCUUUUUCCAAAGGUUGUUGAACUGUACGCCGGUCAAUGUCUAUCAGAUAAGAUGAACACCAGCAUUAAAAGUUGUUUUAUUCUUUUACGUUUUCAAAUUUAUGAAUGAAAAAAACUAAAGUUUUGGAUAUCAGAGACUUUUUAAUUUGUGGUUAAAUUCAUGAUUGUUUAUUGGCACCAAAUUCCAACAAACACCAAUGGUCAUGUUGAUUUAAACUCUUUUUAUUCUAUUUUUAAUGUUAUUUCAAGGCAGGAGACCAUCAAAUAAAUAAAUCGAGUAUUUACCCAGCGUUACCAUC